CUCCCCUGCCCUCCCCCUCCCGCCGGCCGCGCGCUCCCGCUCACCGGCGCCAUGGCGGACCAGCCCGAGGAGGGGGCACCGGCACCACCGGCACCGCCGGCACCGGCACCCCCGGUUCCCCCCGCCGCGCUGCCCCUCUCCGCCCCGCCGGGCGGCUCCCAGCGCCUCCUCUUCUCCCACGACCUGGUGUCGGGCCGCUACCGCGGCUCCGUGCGCUUCGGCCUGGUGCGCCUCAUCCACGGCGAGGACUCGGAGGAGGACUCCGAGGAGGGCGGGCGCGGGACCACGGCCGGCGGCGCCGCCAGCUCGGGCGGCUCCGAGUCGGGAGGCCCCGGGGCCGGCGGCGGGGAGGACGGCCGCGCCAGCCCGCUGCGGCGGGGCUACGUGCGGGUGCAGUGGUACCCGGAGGGCAUCAAGCAGCACGUCAAGGAGACCAAGCUGAAACUUGAAGAUCGCUCGGUGGUCCCUCGAGAUGUGGUCAGACACAUGAGCUCCAGUGACAGUCAGUGUGGAACCGUAAUUGACGUCAACAUCGAGUGUGCUGUGAAGCUGGUGGGAACCAACUGCAUCCUUUACCCUGUCAACAGCAAAGACCUGCAGCAUAUCUGGCCUUUCAUGUAUGGUGACUACAUAGCCUAUGAUUGCUGGCUGGGCAAGGUCUAUGACUUGAAGAACCAGGUCAUCCUCAAGCUCUCCAAUGGAGCCAGGUGUUCCAUGAGCACAGAAGAUGGAGCCAAGCUGUAUGAUGUUUGUCCCCACGUCAGUGACUCGGGUCUAUUCUUUGAUGAUUCAUAUGGUUUUUAUCCUGGACAAGUCCUCAUUGGGCCAUCUAAAGUGUUCUCCAGUGUGCAGUGGCUCUCAGGUGUGAAGCCUGUUCUGAGCACAAAGAGCAAGUUCAGAGUGGUGGUGGAAGAGGUACAGGUGGUAGAACUAAAGGUUACUUGGAUCACUAAAAGCUUCUGUCCUGGAGGUACUGACAGUGUGAGCCCUCCUCCCUCGAUAAUCAGCCAGGAGAAGCUGUCCAGGGUAAAGCGUCUGGGGUGCUUUGACCAUGCCCAAAGGCAGCUUGGGGAAAGGUGCCUCUACGUGUUCCCAGACAAAGUGGAACCUGCAAAAAUCACCUGUGAAUGUCCAGAGAGGAACUGUGUCCUGGGUGAAGGGUCAGUAGCCAAAAAGGUGAGACGGCUGCUGAAGAAGCAGAUUGUGAAGAUCAUGUCGUGCUCCCCGGAGUCUCAGGGCACCAGUGAAGCCCCUGACAAAGAGUCUGCUGCAGCUGCUGACCAAAAAUCAGAAGAGCUUAAACCUGAAUCCAAGUGUGACCUGGAUGACUCUUCCAACAGUGCACCAAGUCCUGGAGAGAGAAAAGAGGAGCAGCCUGAGGAAACGGGGAAGGAGAAAGGAGGAACAGCAGCACGGCAGCAGCAGCCUCCUUUUCUCCUGAAGGAGGAAGGGCUGCCUGACUACCGGCUGCAGUCCAUGGAGCAGGAUGCUGAUGAUGAGGCAGCUGAUGACACUGAUGACACCAGUUCUGUCACCUCUUCUGCUAGCUCCACUGCCUCGUCCCAGAGUGGCAGUGGCACCUGCCGCAAGAAGAGCAUCCCGCUUUCCAUCAAAAACUUGAAGCGCAAGCACAAGAAGAAGAAGACCAAGGUUUCACGAGAGUUUAAGCCAGGAGACAGGGUUGCUGUGGAAGUGGUGACCACGAUGACUUCAGCUGACGUGAUGUGGCAGGAUGGCACCGUGGAGACAAACAUCCGCUCCAACGAGCUGAUCCCUGUCCAUCACCUGGACAACAACGAGUUCUGCCCCGGCGAUUUUGUGGUGGACAAAAGAGCUCAGAGCUGCCAGGAUCCUGGGUUGUAUGGAGUGGUGCAGUCUGGGGACCACAUCGGCCGUACCUGUGUGGUGAAGUGGUUCAAGCUGAAACCCAGUGGAGAUGAUGUGGAGCUGAUCGGGGAGGAGGAGGAUGUGAGCGUGUACGACAUCGCCGAUCACCCCGACUUUCGCUUCCGCACCACCGACAUCGUCAUCCGCAUCGGCAACUCGGACGGGGCCGCGGCCAAGGAGGACGAGCCUUCAGUUGGACAGGUGGCUCGUGUGGAUGUCAGCAGCAAGGUGGAAGUGGUGUGGGCUGACAAUUCCAAGACUAUCAUUCUGCCUCAGCACUUGUACAAUAUUGAAUCAGAAAUUGAGGAGUCAGACUAUGAUUCUGUUGACGGCAGCACCAGCGGGGCAUCCUCAGAGUGGGAGGAUGAAAGUGACAGCUGGGAGACAGAUAAUGGCCUCAUGGAAGAUGACCACCCAAGAAUUGAGGACUUUGAGCCUGAGGAACCAGCAGCAGAGGAGGUGAAAAAAGUAGAACAAGAAGUCCAGGGAGCUGUGGCUAUGGCAGUUGCAGAUCUUGCUACAGAGAAAGCUGGCAAGGAUGGAGCCCCAAAGAGCUUCCGGGAACUAAAGGAGGCCAUCAAGAUCUUGGAAAGCCUGAAAAAUAUGACUGUGGAGCAGCUGCUGACUGGCUCUCCCACCUCCCCAACUGUGGAACUGGAAAAACCCACUCGAGAGAAGAAGUUCUUGGAUGAUAUUAAAAAGCUGCAGGAAAAUCUAAAGAAGACCUUGGAUAAUGUAGCUAUUGCUGAGGAGGAAAAGAUGGAAGCCAUGGUAGAGACGGAGAAGAAGGAAGAAAAAGCAGAGGCACAGACACCAGUGAGGUCAGAGUGGCCCAGUGAGACACCAGUGCUCUGCCAGCAGAGCGGAGGGAAGCCUGGAGUCACCUUCACCAGUGCCAAGGGAGAAGUGUUCUCUGUGUUGGAGUAUGCUCCAGAUUCCCAUGCCUUCAAGAAAAUGGAGUUCCAGCCUCCAGAAGCCAAGAAGUUCUUCAGCACCGUGCGGAAGGAGAUGGCUCUGCUGGCCACCUCCCUGCCCGAUGGCAUCAUGGUGAAAACCUUCGAGGAUCGAAUGGAUCUCUUCUCAGCACUUAUCAAAGGGCCCACACGCACACCCUACGAAGAUGGCCUCUUCCUCUUCGACAUCCAGCUCCCCAACAUCUACCCCGCUGUCCCGCCUCUCUUCCGCUACCUCUCCCAGUGCAGUGGGAGGCUGAAUCCCAACCUGUACGACAAUGGCAAAGUGUGUGUCAGCCUCCUGGGCACCUGGAUAGGCAAGGGGACAGAAAGGUGGACCAGUAAAUCCAGUCUCCUUCAAGUACUCAUCUCCAUCCAAGGUCUGAUCCUGGUGAACGAGCCCUACUACAACGAGGCCGGCUUCGACAGCGACCGGGGGCUGCAGGAGGGCUACGAGAACAGCCGCUGCUACAACGAGAUGACGCUGAUCCGCGUGGUGCAGUCCAUGAUGCAGCUGCUGCGCCGGCCCGUGGAGGUCUUCGAGCACGAGAUCCGGGAGCAUUUCCGCUGCCACGGCUGGCGCCUGGUGUCCCGCAUCGAGUCCUGGCUGGAGACCAACGAGCUGGUGGAGCGCAGCCACGAACAGGCCAACGGGGCGGAUUCCGCCUCCCUGGUGAGCCCCGGGGAGCGCGGCCCGGAGCCGGGACCGGCCGCUGAACUGUCCCUGUCCGACCCGGCGCUGGACGCGCAGGAGGAGCCGGACGAGCCGGAGCUGCUGAGCGCCGCGCCCGGCACCGGUGACCUCCAACAGUUCUCGGACUCGGAGAGCACGGGCCAAGCCAGGGGGGACCUGGCCAGAGACCGAACGGACGAGGGGAAGGCUGCCCAGGACUCUGCCUCGCAGCCCAGCGUGAAACCAAAGAAAAGGAGAAAGAGCUACAGGAGUUUCCUGCCGGAGAAGAGCGGUUACCCUGAUAUCGGGUUUCCCCUCUUCCCUUUGUCCAAGGGGUUCAUUAAAAGCAUCCGCGGUGUCUUGCAGCAGUACCGGGCUGCCUUAGCAGGGGCCAACAUCCCAGAGUGGACAGAGGACAAAUAAACCAUCAGGUUAGGGACAGGCAGGUGCAGGGGAGAAGGGAAAGCAGCAGAAAGUAAAUUGGCAAACGCUGUUAAUCAAUCAACUGGCUUCUCCUUCCAGCUUUUCUUCCUCAGCUUGGUUUGUUCCAAAGAAGGUGGUAGGCCUGACUGCUCCUCUGAGGAAAGGUUGUUUAAGCAUGAAUAACUCUUUGUCCCCAACUCCUCUUCCUUCCCCCUGUCCCAUGUACAUGCUCUUCUUGCAAGUUUGACCCUGCAAUGGUAAGAUUUGAGACCUGCACAGAAGCAGUCUUGCAGCCACUUUCCCUCUGCACUUUCAUCUUGGGGCACCUUUUCACACAAGGACUCUUCCCACCCAGCACUACACCCAGCAGUUUGUUCUGGUGGGGUUCCAGCCAGGAGAAGGGAUUGCUGUAGUUUCUGGAAAUGAAGGGCAAUGUCCUCCCAGUCUUUUAUUUUUCUUGGCAUUCCCAUGGGUUCUAUGAAGUCUAGCCCAGCUUAUCUGUACUUAGACAUUGGAUUGUGUUUGCAUUGGAGUUGUCUACACCAUAUGGAGUUGCUCUAGUCUUAGUUGUUCACCCAUAGCUACGAGGUUCUUCCAGUUGGGACUGGUAGGCAGGGCCAGAGCCCUGCACUGGCACUUGUGCUGCCCUGGGAGUGCUGCAGACUUUCCAUCCAGUUCUGCAACUUCCAGCUCAGUCUCCUGGAGGCAGGUCUAGCCAUCCCCACUUCCUUUUCUCCAGAGUGAGGCAAACUUCCCUUUCCCCACCAUGCAUGCCUGUCUUCUAGAAGUACAUGGGAUUCAGGGUCCUGUCCUUGUUACUUGCUUAGAUAUCUUUUGUUCCCAGCCAUCCCGGCUGUCACACAGCACUACACCCACCCUGGAUCCCAGCGAGUGAUCCUGGGGCCAUUGCAGCUCUGGAUGAGCCUGGUGUGGCUGCUGCUCCCUCAUCCAGCUGUACAGGGGUGUGAGGAGCCAGGGCCACCCCAGGGGAGCCGUGUCAUGUUGUGGCAGCACCAGUUAGUGCCAGUUCCUGCACUGUUACACAGUGCUGCUCUGGGAAUCCAUCCCUGCUCCCUGCCACGCUGCUGCUGGAUGCUCAGGGCAGCCUGAGCUGUGACCGUGGGCACUUUGAGGCAGUGACUUCAGAGUCCCCUGGGCACGUCCCCUCCCUGAGGCCUCUGGUGCUGUCUGCCCACACCUUCACUUGGAGCUGGGCACUCCCACUCCAGCCCUGCCGCUUUGCCCGGUGCUCAGGCGCUGGAGAGGCACCCACGGGGAGCACAGUGUGUCAGGGAGAGUCCUUCCAGCGGGGCAGCGGUGCCAGCCGUGCCAGGGAGGAGUUGGGCUGAGCACACGGCUCUGCCAGAGGUAAGGAUGGAGCCAAAGCUCUCCUUUGCUUUUGCUCUUGCUCAGUGUGGCUGCAGUUAUAAACAGAGAACAGCAGGAGGAAACCAGCACAUUGGUGCAGUGAUUUUUGCUCCCACCAGCCCAAAUCCAGCCCCCCUGCACCCCCACCCUCCCCAGCUCCUGUUCUCUCCUAUGGCCCCUGAUGCUCCUGAGCCAGGGGCUGGCUGCACAAAGCCUUUCUCAUGUCCCCAUCCACCAUUGGGAUUUUGGAAGACACAUCCUUCUCCUGGAGCUCCAGAGGAUGCAGGGCUUGGCUGUGCUGAAGAGGUGCUGGGAGCCGUGGGCAGGGCAGGCUGGAGCUGUCCCCACGGCCACGGGAGUGAAUGGAUCCCUUUGAGGGGAGCACGGCAGUGUCUCAGGGCUGGGGGCAAGAGGUGAGGCACUGCUCCAGGCCAGGGAAGAACAGGCAGAGGCUGAUUCCAGGCACAACCAUGUUUGUGAUCCGGACACUGACACCCUCUGUCCCCAGAGCCCGGCUGUGACUGCUCCAUCACCCACAGGACCAGGGAUGGAGGGAGGGAGAAACCCACUGGGGAUGGAGGAGCUGUCGAGUUCCCCUUUUCCCCUCCUUUACUCUGCAGCUCUCAUCUCACAGGGCAGGCACCACGUCCUCCCCUUAGCCCAAAAAGUCUCUGAUCCUACACAAGAGCUUUUGCACAGGCUGGGCUCCCUCUGAGGAGGGGGAUGUUGGCCUGGAAGGGGACACUGCUCCCGUGGCACUGCUCGCUCUCUGCAGCUGUCCCAAACCCAAGCGUGCACAGAGGUUUACAAAUUUUCUAAAGCUUUUGAUAAUGUGAAGCUCCUGGGUGAUGAGGUUGGUGGUGAGCACACUGCAGCUAUGUAAUUUUUUGUGUAUGUAUGUAAUAUUUAAGGGUAACAAAAUUUAAAAGGCUAAAACCUUAAAAAAAAAAAUCUAAAAACACACAAAAAAAGCCAAAGCAUGAUGCAUAUUGUUAGCCUUAAAACUGGCUACACGACUGUGUGAUGUACAAAUGAGAGCAGCCUGUAACUGUUUUAAGUGCUGGGGACGGGGAAGAAGCAUUACAAAAUCAGUUUGUAGCCUUGAUUCUGUACAGUAUUUAAUGAAUAAAAAACAAACCUGACUAUUGAGGCCAUGCUUAGAGGUGUGUCGUUCACGUGCAGAUGUGGAUGCUUGGUUGCUUAUGAUAUAUGUAUAAAGUGCUGUGUGACCAUUAAAACUUUUUUUACCUGCAGAAUUUUUUUUUUUUUUUUUGUUUGGCUAACCAAGGUGUAAUAAAGGAGGGAAGAUGACUUGCCAUUAAAUUUUGCCUCUGUGAGUA